AUCAGCUGUUUUUGUCGAAGUCAGAGUUUUUGACAUUUCUACAUUUUGGCUUAUUUUUGUGUAGCCAAACGAGAACUAAAACACACUUAGGACAUAAAAAAAUCAUGGCUGGUCGUGAAGCUGUUAAAAGAGCCGUACAGCAAGUGCGUCCCAUUCUCUCAGUUGACCGUGAGGAAGCUCGUAAACGUGCCUUGAAUUUAUACAAGGCUUGGUAUCGCCAGAUUCCCUAUAUUGUCAAUGAUUAUGAUAUUCCCAUGUCUGUGGAACAAUGCCGUGAAAAAUUGCGUGAGGAGUUCAUAAAGCACCGUAAUGUCUCGGAUGUGCGGGUCAUCGAUAUGUUGGUCAUUAAAGGCCAAAUGGAACUAAAAGAAUCCAUCGAGAUUUGGAAGCAAAAGGGACACAUUAUGCGUUACUGGAAGGAAUCACAGGAGCCCAAGCCCACUGAUUUCUUAUCGAAAUUCAUUCAAGGUGUAAAUUAAAAUGUUAAAACUUCAAUUCAAUAAAAUAGUUUAAUUUCAAAACAAAAAA